GCAUUGUAAGAUUUCCACGGUAGGAGCAGCCUGCUUCUCUCGACACUCGACUUUCGACGACGACCGUGAUUCUGGCCAAAAGAGUUGGUAAGAACUACUUCUUCCGGCAGUGUUGCUGUUGACGCUAGCAAGUGAAUUAUGCAGCAACCCCAGUCUGCGUUGAAGCCUCCGGCUGCAGUAAAGCAAGCCAUCGCGAACUUCCAGUCGAUAGGGCCGUUCAAGUUGAUUCCUUCUGCAGAAAACGAGACUUCCUACAUAUUUAAGUGGGGAGUAAGGGUCGAGUACCGCGACGAGAACAACAAGCUCACAGUCCGGUGGGCGUGUUUGGCCGAUGAAACGUUCUGAACGUCAGGUGAAAAUCUCUACCGGAUGUCUACAGGAAAGACAUCCCCAGCUGCCCAGCAUCUCCGACAGGUACAUAAUCUUGCAUCGCCAAAGCCAGAUGUUGAAGAUACUGGUUAGUAAAGCGGACAAUAGCGCCGUGACGCUCGAAGUCCGAAGAGAUCUUCUGGUAGCUCUCGACCGGCUUGGGCAGCGGCUUGUCCACGGUCUCUUGGUCAUCGUUGCUCUCCUCCGAGUUGCGCUCACCCAGGUCCAGCGAGCUGGCCGAGCUGUUGCGUCGCAUAGCACCCUGGCCAGGUCAUCGUAACCCUCGGUGGGGGCAACACCACCCGCCAGCGCGUCGACAACAGGCGACUUGAACUGGAACGUCUUGGCAAAGAUGUAAUUGAUGUUCAUCGUUUCCAUCGACUCGAUGAGACACGUUGCACGUAUAACUCCAGAGCCAACUCCCGGAUCUUCUGGUCUUCGUGGUCGAGGAGCGAAAUAAGCAGGUGGAACAGCGGCUGCGACUGGUCCAGGAGGUUCGCGCAGGCCUCAGUAAUGUUCGUCGACGAGCCGUUAGUGAGAUAGUCCUUGAGGAUCAUCUCCACCUGGCGCGGUACGACGGCAUCUUGUUGUCAAUAAAAAGCUGACGUGCUUCCAGAGCCACCAACGAGUACUGUUUCUCCUUGAAGGUAGGGGGCUUCUCGAGCAGCGGCACGAAGCAGCGGCCUUCACGGACUUACGAGGAGUACCACGCGCCAUCUGAGCAAGAAGCUGCAGCAGCAGCUUGUUCUUCGACUCCAACGCCUUGUUCGAGAGAGCAAUGGAGAAGACCUUAUCCAGAUCAGACGGGUUCUGCUGGCGCAAAGCCAUCACCACGUCCUCAAUGUUGUGUGAGUUCACGUACACGGUUUUCACCGUGAAGUACUCGUUGAUCAGAUCCGUCAGAACCGCCUCCUCGCCAGAUCUCAAGCCGUGCUUGUACUUCCUGGCAAUGUCGCGCAGCCUCAGGACGGACGCCUCGAAGUCCGAGCGCUUCCAGUUCGUGUCGAGCGUCUUCUUGUUCUCGUCCAAGGUCUCAGCAACCUCCGCGACGUUGAACUCGUGGGUGGCCGUCGGCUCCUCGGACGCAGCCUUCUUGAACGUCUGGACGUGUUCUCCGCGAACACGUCCAGCGGGAUACGGUCAGCCAACGACGAUAUGGCCUCCUCGAUGUCCAGGGCCCUGCAGCACGCUCUUGAGCACCGCCAGCGACUUGCGCAUCUUGUGCACCGACUUGAUACUGUUGCCGUUCGUGUUUUCCGACGAAGGCAGCUUGACCAUGAACAAUUGGUCCUCCUUACAACUUCAACUCCCAGCUCCCGAUUUCCCAGGCGAAUAUCUUUGAAGCGUACGCUAGAAGAAGAUUCUGAUCCUGUACAGUGACUACGGCAACAUCUAAACAAACGUUGAAAACAGAUAUUGCUUACAUUAAAUGUCUGCAAUCACAACCCCAUUUCGUGUCUACAGUCAAUUCUUGGAUUAGUGAUUGUAGUGUAAGGUUGUACAUACAGCUUCUCCUAGACGUGAAUGCGUACCUGAUCUCGUU